CCAGCGGUGAGUUUAGUUGAGCCUUACCCAUCGAGGAUGUCGGACUGAGAAACCCGCGCGAGACAAAUGUGCCACGAAGUGUUUUGCCAGACAAAAGAGAAGAUCCCGAGAACUUCACACAUAUCUGAGAGAGAGUGUAUGUGUGUGCGCGUGUGUUCGUGCAAGUAGUUGAUCCAACGGGAGAGUAGCAGAGGAAGAAACGAGAUCGCGGUGCGUUCCGAAUUCCCCGUUUGUCGUUUGGGGUUGGCAAGUUCUGUUAUCAGGUGGAAUCCGUUGGUUGGAAGAAAAUUUGAUUGGAAAUCGAGUUUGACACCUUUGAUCCUGUUGUGUUAAGGGAAUGUUAGCAGCUCGAACGAAGCGAAGAAGUGGAAAGUGAAGUUUUGGUUGAAGAAGGAGAGGAGAUCUGCUGGGGGAAAUAGAGGUCGCUGUGGAGCUGCUUUUAGUGGGAUUCCCGUUUAUUCAAGAAUCGGCCACAAAUGAUCGCCAGUGCAAGAAUAACCUGAAUUCGGUGAAGAUCGCUGUGCAUUAGAACGUCUAGUAGUAGAUUUCAAGUGACCGCAGGCUCCCUGCAGUGAGCGAGUUUGUGCCUUUUUGUGUGUGUAGUUGUAGAGAAAGUACCCUAGAAAACCCGACGACGUAACCAACUCCGGAGCCAAGAUGCCCUGUAGUGCAGUAACGCUGUCUCUCGCGACGAUAUCCGCCAUUAUUGCCGUUGCCCUGCUGGCAAUCGCCUUCUCCACAGAUAAUUGGCUCAGCUACGAAGUGAAGCGGAAUAACAUACAGACAUUUAUAGCAAAGCAUCCAGAUGGGGCGUCACUCACCGAAUCGUUCAACAACAGGCUCGUCUACUACACCCGGACGCGUGGAUUGUUCCGGUACUGCUACCCGAAGGAGAAGCCUCCAGCGUCAUCUGUUCACAUCUACCUCUCCCCGGUAGAGACCCACUGCUCCAACAUUGACUACUUCCCUCAGACCGAGGAGGACAAGGCGUCUCCAGGCUUCAACGAGGACAUCAUGGCUCGUCUGCAUUUGGCCCGUUCCGUCAUUGCCGCCUUAAUUCUCAGCUUCGUUGCCAUCUUCUGUGCCUUCUGGACCGGGCUGUCCGGCUGCUGGAAACGAUCGGCCGGUGCCAUCACGGCGACGGCGAUCCUGAUGCUGACGGCUUGUCUGCUCGCGGCCGGUGCCAUGGGACUGUGGCACACGGUCGAGUUCUUCGAGAAGGAAAAGGUCGUCGGCGACGAUUACUACCAGAGCUGGACCACGGUCCUCCGUGACAACACCCGCAUCUCGUACGACUGGUCCUACAUCGUGGCCUGGGCCGGGGUGGCGUCCAGUUUGCUGGCUUCGAUCCUCCUGUCCGGCGCCGCCGUCUGCCUACGGGGCGAACGCGAAAAGGAAGAGCAACUGAACCUGCAAUACCUGAUGCCAGUGUAUCCUCAAAAGCAGCCUCCCUACCCCUAUGGUGGUUUCCCUCAGCCUCAGCUCUACCCGCAGCCAUACUAUCACGGAUCGCAGUACGGACCGUACAACUACUAAAAUUACAUAGACACACGCAAAAACAAACAAAUGCAAUUUUUGGGUAAAAUUUUCAACGUCAGACUCCUCUCUUUGAAUAGUCUUUUAGAAAAAAUGGAAGCAACGCUCGAGAAUUCGAAGUUUAGUGAGACCGCGAUUGAGCCGAGAUAGGGAUAAAGCGUUUAACAUUUAAAUUUUUUACUCGAGUCUCCUCAAUCCCUGUCCCCCAUUCCGUCAGCGAUCGCGCGACCCCUUUUUAAACCCCCUCAAUCUAAAAACCUAGACACCUAGUAGGUACUACUCUCGCUUCCAGUUUUCGCUUAUGUUCUAUCGCAACUGUAGAAUAACUCUGAGACGGCGACGGCGAGAGCCACAACAAAACAAAAACUGCGCUGCCGCGAUCUGUACCCUGUAAAUCGGAACCCACUUCUACGUAGGAAACGUCUUCCCCCUGGUUUGCAUUUCUUUUUAACCAACUGUGUGUAGAACUUGAUUUCCGAAAAAAAAAAACAACUUACAAAAACCGUGACAAGAAAUCCUUUCUCUUCCACUUUCAAACUGUUCUGUUUUCUUCCAUUAAUACAUUUUAUAUAUUAUACACAAAACAAACUUAACGACAAUCUCAGCUGUCUCCGGUGUCAUUCUUUCGUGUGUGAGACUACUCUAUUUUGUUCGUAUUUUUAAUUUUACGUCAGCUACUUUUAAGUUUAGAGAGAGAGACAUUUGCUAUUUUUUUUUAAUCAAGAGAAAUUUGACAGGACAAUAAGACAACGCGCUGCUAGACUGUAAGUGAUGAAGCUCUUGCUUGAAAAUGAUGAUGAUUUUUUUUUUGUUUUCGUGAAAAGCAGGUGUUGCAGAAAAACAUGCGUAAUGCUCGUUUGUAUUAUGUAUAGAAGAUAAUUUAAUACUACGAUGUAAGGAAAACAGAAAAAUAUAUUUUAGUUAUAAACCGA